UCGGCUCCGCCCGUCGGGGCCGUGAGCUGCUGUUGGGGGAAUGGGGCGGAAUGAGGAGUGCACGCGGCUGCAGCACCAGGAGGAGCCUUUGGGGCCGUUGUUUCUUCGGGCAUCCGGUGGAGCCUUGUUCUGCUGGGAAAGCCACGCAUGGUGAGGAGGGUCGGCUUGUUACCCCAUAGAGCCCACGUUGCUUUGGUGCCAGGAUGAAGGCUCAGCCUGUUCUGUGGAUCCAAACCCCCAAUAACUGACAGCAGUCAAUGAUUGAGUACCAUACAGGUGAAGUGGAAGCCCCAGAAUGGAGGAAAUGAGGGAGCAUCCCAACUUUGGGGGCACGGAACGGAGCAGGAGGGAAGGUCCCAGCCACAGGGAGUGCAUUUCCUUCCAGCUCACGAUUGCAGCUGUGUUCACAGUGCUGCUCAUCACUGCUGUUGCCUUUGCAGAGCUUCACAAUGAGACACAAAGGCAGCUCCCCCCACUGGGUUGGCCUCUCACGGGAAGGCGAAGAGCAUCCGUGGCAAUGGAUGACCCGCUUGCCUUCCUCUCACCCGUUCCAGGUGCAAGGCGAUGGUCUCUGCGCGUACCUGGGGGACUUCGGGCUCAGCUCCUCCCACUGCAGCGCGCACAGGAAUUGGGUUUGCACCAAACCCGCGUUGCAAAACCCGAGGAAGAACUUCUGCAUCAGCACCUGAGCGGCUCCCGGACCCGAACAAGCGAUGCAAAAGGAGGAACCGAAAGCGAAGAGCUCCGCUUUCAGCUGCGCUCAGCAGCAGCAGGAGGGCAAUGCGCUCCUCCAGCCCAGGUCCGACAGUGCCGCCUAUGGGGCUGCGCGCCCCAAAGCAAAUCCCGGGCGGAGCUUUGACCCCAAUUAACAUUUUUUUGCACCGUCUGACUCUUGAUGACCGCUGAAAUCCCAAUUCUGGGGGCUAUCCGUGCGCUGCUUGCAAUGACCUUCACCCCUGCGCGAUGCAGCAACAGAUUUUGGGGGGGAAAAUUCAUUUUCACCCGUUUUUCCCCAUAAGGAAAUACUCGGAGCGCCGUGAGCCCAAUUUUAGGGACCCUAAAAUCGAUGAAUAAAUCGGCAAAUUAUUUA